GCGGCGCUCGGGCGUUGCGUCGGCGUCUCUUUCCUGCGGCGACGGUUCUCGGUGGUGGCGUCGGAGCCGCUGGCGGGAGCGGCGCGAACGAGUCAUGGCGACCAAGGCCGUGUGUGUGCUGAAGGGCGACGGCCCGGUCAAGGGCACCAUCCACUUCGAGCAGCAGGGAAAUGGACCUGUGACGGUGUCGGGCUCCAUUUCUGGACUCACUGAAGGCCAGCACGGGUUCCAUGUGCAUCAGUUUGGAGAUAACACACAAGGCUGUACCAGUGCAGGACCUCACUUUAAUCCUUUCGCCAAAAAGCAUGGUGGGCCAAAGGACCAAGACAGACAUGUCGGAGACCUGGGCAAUGUGACAGCAGGCAAAGACGGUGUGGCCACUGUGUCUAUCCAGGAUGCCAUGAUCACUCUCUCUGGGGAGCAUUCCAUCAUUGGCCGCACCAUGGUGGUCCAUGAAAAAGAAGAUGACUUGGGCAAAGGUGGAAAUGAAGAAAGUACAAAGACAGGAAAUGCCGGAGGUCGCUUGGCUUGUGGUGUAAUUGGAAUCGCCCAAUAAACAUUCCUUGGGACAUGGCUCUGUCCUAGUAAACUGUUAUCCUGCUCUGUAGAAAUUCCACUCAGUAACAUUAAACACUGUAACCAUCAAA